ACCAUGUCUUUUUCAAUGUAUUUUCAUGAAAUCUGGAUUAACUACUAGUGAAGGAAAGCUCAAUGAAGAUGCUAUCACUAAAAAAAUGAAUGAAGGAAUGAAUAAUAAUGAAAAAUGGAAGUCUACAUGGCGGGAUUCUCUAAAUAAAUGCUUUAAUGAUGUUAAACAAGAAGAUAAAAAACAAAUUGCUAUUAUGAAUACCCCAGCUGGAAGAUUGAUGAAAUGUUUCUUAAGAGAUAUUUAUAUGAACUGUCCCAAAGAUAUAUGGGUUGAAAGCACAGAAUGCUUGAAUAUGAAGAGUUUGGUGCAAAAAUGUCCAGAAAUGCCCCCGCCAGUAUUCAAAUCACCACCUAAAUUAAUUUAAUUUGAAAAUUACUCGUCUGUAGCAAGUACAUUAUAGAUUAAAAAAAAAAUACUUACUUUAUG